AUGUUUGGCCACGGCAAGUCCACAGACAGCUCCAAAAGCCGGGCGUCCUCACCGCUCCCCGAGCUCACCGAUGGCAAGUUGUCCACGCUCUCGUACGAGCUCGACUUCGACGCUGAAUCCUCGAAGCUUCGAGCGCCUGACGUCACUCCCGAUGAGUCAAUACUGGUGGAAGACGAAAAGCACUUCCCGUCGGACAAGCCCCUCAAGACGACGGAGGCCUUCAUGCGACUUCUAGAACUCACCGUCGGUAGGAAAACUGUGCCCGAGCGACGUGGCAUCCUGUCGGGCACGUCGCCUCCACUGUACACAAGCCACACGACGAGCUCGAGGACUACGCCAGUGGAACUGAUUUCGCCUUUGGCCCCGUCACCUGCACCCUAUAUGCCAAUACAAUCGAGUCCCUUGCGUUCACCAGCGAUGUCACAGAAGCAGCCAAGUAGGCCACCAAAGGGUUCUCCAGAGCCGAGCUAUAGUCCGUCGGCGUCAUUUUCAUCCCAGCCAGACCCGUCUCCGUCACUCAGCGUCAGCAAGAUGCGUGAGAACCGGGUUCCAAGCAGUCCAUCAUCUAGCCGUGCUUCCAGGAGCGCAACCCCGCUCUCCGCGGAAAGCAGUAGGUUGAAGGAAUCGAAACAUCGAAAGCGGGAACGAUCCGAAUCGACAGGUUCGCGGGCACGAUCAUCUCCGCGAUUGCAGAGCAAGUCGAAAGGGACUGCUGGAAAGGUUAGCCCAGCGACUAGCGACCGAUCGAAGAAGCAGCCUCAGCCGUGAAGGCCCUAAACGCCGAGUCUGACAGUGGUAUCUUGAACGUCCCUGUGCACAUAGGAUUUUGCGUACGGGUUUAAUGGAGAUAUCUUUGUGAAACCCUGACUUCAUAAUGUACUCAGCCGAGACGAUGAACACAACAGACAAGCAGUUCUUGAAGCGAUCGCCAAGAAAUUGGUGUUUCACGUGCAGGCACACUUGGUCUGUGAAUGUGUCCUUUAACUCUGGUGCGCAGGUGCUGUACACUACAAAAAUGGCAAUCUUUUCAUUGUGUUGCGUAUCUCCAAAGGAAGCCAUCGAAAAGUAUCAGUUGCU